AUGGUUCCUUCCCGCUUCAGCUUUAUCUUCGUCCUGGGCUUCCAGCUCAGCGCAGUCUGGGCAAGCAAGGCCCUGGAGCUCCUGACCGAGGAGGAGAACGAGUUGACCCAGAGGAGACUCGAUUUUGCGGCAUGGUGUGAGAAGGAGGUGGCCACGCAGGAGAAGCAGAGGCAAGAGCUCAUAAAGCUGCAGGGCAGCUUCAAUGCAGAGGAUUCAGAAGAUGAGUCGUUCGAUGUGCCCUCCUUGCUCAGCACAGCGAAACAGCUGCAGCUAAUGCAGCAAGGGAAGGUCGCAGAGUCUCCAUCCCAUAGCAAUCUCGACGUGGCGGUGCAGUGCCUCGCAGAGCUUGAGUCCGAGCUCGUAGCUCGAUCCUCGAGCUGGGCAUUCGGGGGCGAGAAGCAGAGCCUCCAGGCCGUCCGGAAGGUGCUCGGCGACGCGCGGGAGCAGAAGGCAAUGUCUUUGAGCCAGCAGCCGAAUCUCACGGGUGUGCUGCCUCCAGCACAGCUGGAAAUGCUCAAGGCGAGACAGCUUCAGGCAGCAGAGGCCCAGGCACUUCAUCGCGCCAAAAGCCUUGCAGCACGCAGUGGACGCCAGGUGUUGGAUGCAGCAGUGGUGCAAACGAAUGCAGCUCUCUCCGAUGCUGCUGGCAUUUGUGGCCUCGGGCGCACGGUGAUGAACCGCACAGAAAGUGCAGGGAAAAAGCUGGUGAAGCAAGCCUUGGAGCUGAUCGGCAAAGCCGAGGGCGCGGCGGAAGCAUUGACCAGCUCUCAAGCCGUUCAGGCGACCAGCGCCACGGUGAAACCCCACGGAACGGAUGCUACGGCUUCCUCAGAUGAGGGCCAUGCGCAAGUGACAUCAUCACAACUCGCUCACCUACUGGAGGUGUCCCAGGAGUUGCAGCAACAGCAGCAGCAAAUGCAGCAACAGAUGGCGGAGCUGAGGCAGCUGCAGGCGGAAGCUUCGCACCACAUCGCGACGGAUGUGCAGAUGCCACCUGCAGCUGUAAGUGCCGUCAAGACAAAGCCUCAAGAGCCGGUGCUCCCAGUACCAGAGGCGAAGAGCUCAGGACAAGCCACGGUAUCCACAGCACCAGCCCAGCUCGCUGCCAAGACCUCCAUGUCCCUUGCAGCGGAGGUUGCACAGGAGAGCAAGCUGGAAGCAGAGUCUGAGGAGAAAGCUCCCGAGCUGCCUGCUCCUGCGCACGGCAGAGCCAGGACAAAGCAUCAUGCUUUGGAGCCACAACACCAUGAAGUCCAUGAAGCGCAGGCCAGCGAAGACGAGGAUCUUCCCAAGAUGCAAGCACCCAAGGACUUCCCUGCCGCUUUGCGGGGCGGCUGGCAGGGCUUGCUGGCUAAGAAGCGUGCGGAAAGCAAGAAGAAGCCUUCAAAGCCUGACGAUGCCCUGGGAAUCAUGGAGCUGAUGCAAACGCCGAAGACGUACACUGCUUGGCAACCAGAUCAGGGCGUGGCCGCAACUGCUGUGAAGGCCAAGGACGAUCUGUUAGCAGCAGAGAAGGCCCUCGAUGAUGAUGACGAGGGUGAGAAGGAGAUCCCCGCCAAGAAGGAUGUCCGAGCCUUCCACCCGGAUCGCGCUUCCAUGACCGACCCUUUGGCCUUCUUCCAGUUCGGUUCUGAAAUCAGGCGCCCGGCUCUAUCGGCACCAAAGGAGGACAACCUUGUUGCGAUGCUGCUUCGGAAGUUCGCUCUGGCAACCAACAGCACGUUGCUCAUGGAGCUUUCCCAAGACGAGCUAAGCAAAGAGAGCCUCCAAUCUUUGCUGCACAAGUUGGAGACAGAGUCCCCAGAUGCGGUUGAUGCUCAAGAUUCAGAGCUCCGAAAAAUGUGCGAGGCGUACGAGCAAGAGUCUUCCAAGAGCAUGGAAGAGGAACUCUCCAAUGAGGUGCACAAUCACUACACGGCAGCCAAGGCUCGGGAGGAGAAGAAGGUGCUACAGCGAGAGCUUCAAGCCCGUGAGCAUCUCUUAUCGGCCUUCGGACGUACUUCUCACCGGCUGAUGACUGCGAAGCAGCUGAUACAAAGUGGUGCUGCCUCAGACAAGCAGAGGUUCCAGCAGCUCAACCAAGAAGUGCAGAAGCUUGGGCAAAGCCCGUCACACACCGAGCUGCAGAUCCUCAUGAGCAGCUUUGACAACCUGGUCCAGCAGGAGGAGCAGGAACUGACUGAUGCCGUGGUCACGGCGGUCUCGCGCCAAGAGCAAGCCGAGUCCCGUGACCAGCACGAGCUGGAAGAUCUCAAAGCCAAGAUGCUGAAGCUGGACUCGUAUGCGCAGACACCAGCUCUGGGAUUGCAAGCACUGGUUGAGCACCUGAAGCCUGUUUGGCAUAUCCUCGUGCCGUACAACUUGCUGAGUGUCUUGUUCACUCUGGCUGUGCAGCUCUACGGGCCCUUCCUGCGGUCGAUGGUCGAAUGCGCGGAGCAGGUGAAGCCUGGUGCAAAAUUCAGCGGCUCUACUCACUGCGGCAACUCUCACUAUGUCCUUUCUGUGGCACAAGCACAAGAGGGCAGGUUAGUUGCAAUGAAGCUCUUGGUGCAUGCCUUUGCGGGCCCAUUGCUUGCACUGUUGGCGGACAGUAUGGGGCGUCGCCCUAUCUUGCUGCUGGGGUUGACAGGCUUUCUGACAGCAUUCCUUUUGUUCGCUUUGGUGGCGUUUCUUCCAUCGCUGCAUGGGUCUAGCAGCGCAAUAUCACUUUGCUUCUUCCUGGAGGGUGCUACGAGUGCCUUUGACGUCGUGUUUUUGUCCAUGCUUGCAGACACAGCGAAGUCACCUGCAGCUCGCGUCACAUCAUUCUCCCUCUACUAUGCCACAGGAGCCUUCGGCAACGCCAUUGCCAUCGGCAUGUUCGUGGAAGAGAUGAGCUGGGAAGUGAAGGAUUUCGGUUUCACAUGGGCCUCCAUGUCCCUUGCGAUGGCGAUGCUCAUCCUGUACGUACUGGCCUAUGUUCCAGAGACGCUCCCGUCCGCGAUGCUUUUGAAGUCGAAGCACUCGAAGCUGAAAGCUCCACACGUACAGCUCAUGGGACAGGCAAUAGAGCAAAUACAGUUCCUGGCAUCCAGUCGCUUUCUCCAGAUAUGGUUGCUGGCCGUGCUUCUAAAGUCUUCGGCAUCAGGACUGUCAAGUAUCAAUGCCUCAUUCACUCUGGCUGUAUAUGGCUGGAAACCUGGAGAAUGGCAAGCCUGGAUAUGGCCCUCCGAGAUCAUCUCUAUGAGUAGUUUGGGUAUUUUGGGACCUUGGGCUGGCCGAAAGAAGGCUGAGGCAGUCAUUUCUGUCACGGCGCUAGUGUCGGUAGCAGCUCACGUUCUGCAGAUGCUGGCACCGUUCCACGCUUUGGCGCUCCUUGGACCCCACUUCAUUGCCGGCAUCCUGGCGUUUGUGCGGCCAGUUUCAGCUGCGUACCUCAGCGGGCGAUUCCCGGCUUCUCAGCAAGCCAAAGUGCAAGCAAUCGCCCAUCUCAGCCACAACUGCGGCAUCUCCCUGUCCAUGGCGAUCUUCUCAUCGCCCCAGCUCUUCAGGCCUCAGGCUCGCGGCUGGGAUGCAGCUCGGCCAUUCUUGUUCGCCGGCAUCCUGUCCACGAUCGGCAAUCUAACGAAGAUGUUUCUGGUGCAGCAAGCCCAACGCACAGGGUGGAUGGCUGUUCAACAAGAACUUGAAAUGGCAAUGCCUGAACGUACGCAGUCCCCUCGUUCAAGCGAGGCACGUGAAGUUUGA